AUGACCAAUGCUCAAGGUGAACUAAACUAUAUUGUAAAUAAUAUUUCAGAAGCAGAAUUUGAGCAAAUGAUAGAAAAUUAUUCAAAUUCAAUUGAAUACGAUAAUGAUAUGUUUAAUGAUAAUAUUGAAGAUUUUGAUGCUAAUUAUAUUUCUGACAAUGAUAAUUUAGAUGAAAUUAUACAAUUUAAUUGUGAAAAUUUGGAAGUUAAAGAAAUGAUAGAUUUGAAUAUUUUUGCAGGAGAACAGAUAAAUGAAACAAAUUAUGAUAAUGUUGUAGAAUUUGAGGAUGAACCUGAUUAUGAUAUAAAUGAAGUUGUCAAUGCAGCUAUGAACAAUAUAAAAUAUGA